CACAGUCACUAAUAUUCCCAUAUUUUCUCUCCCCUCACUCUCUCUCUCUCCUCUCGCCGUCGCCGUCGCCGGAGUACAAUGAUUCAUCUUCUCCGGCAUCUAUUUCUUACACUAUUACUCAUCAUCUCCUUCCAUGGCCAAACUUCUCAUCAACAAUCAGACCCAGAAAUCAACUCCAUUGAUCUUUCCGCAUUGCGUCAAAUCAGAGAAAACCUCAACAGUCUUCCUCCAGGCCCCAAUUUCUUCUCCUCCUGGGAUUUCACCUCGCCGGAUCCAUGUUCAUCCUUCGCCGGCGUAACCUGUUCUUACUUCGCCGGCGGAACCGGAACUACCAAAAGGGUCACCUCUCUCACACUCGGCACCGGCACCGGACUCACCGGAAAUCUCUCCCCAUCUAUCUCCGACCUCGACGAGUUAACUCAGCUAGUCCUCUUCUCCGGCGGUAUCGUAACAGGUCAAAUCCCACCUCAAAUCGGAAAUCUCAAAAACCUUCGAAUUCUCUCACUAAGUCAUAACCGUUUCACCGGAAUCAUCCCCGCCGCCAUUGCCGAUCUUCCAAAUCUCCACACUCUAGAUCUAAGCAACAAUAUCUUAUCCGGUCCGGUUCCUUCAUUUACAGAUAAUAAUCAAUUGAAAGUACUGAUUCUAUCAUCAAACCGUCUAUCCGGUUCAUUACCCGAACCGCUUCCGAAUCAAAUCAUUCAUCUUGAUUUACAAAACAACAGAUUCACGGGUCAGCUUCCAUGGAGUUUGCCGGUCGGAAUACGUUACUUGUCGGUGUCGAAAAACAAAUUGUGGGGUCCACUUGAUAACGGACUUAUUGAAUCGUUAUCAGAGUUAGUGUAUCUCGAUUUAAGCAUGAACCGGUUCAGUGGGUCCAUACCGGUUUCAUUAUUUAAACCUUCUAUAUCAUCAAUGCUAUUACAACGGAACAAUUUUUCUGGAUGGAUCCCUACCAAACCCGUUAAUAAUAACCCGUCUUCAUGGCCCAUAUUAACCCCACCUUCAUCUUACGGUCCCGGAUCCAUUGUCGACCUAAGCCAUAACGCAUUGAGUGGAGAAUUAUCAAACGUGUUGAUCGGGGUGGAGACUCUAUUCCUUAAUAACAAUCGAUUCACGGGUCAUAUCCCCGAGGAAUAUAUAGAUAGCAUGCGACGUAGCAGUACAAGAACAUUGUAUUUACAACAUAAUUAUUUAUCGGGCUUUUCUAGUAGAAAAGACUUAGACUUGCCACUAUCGGUUGCAUUGUGUUUAUCGUAUAAUUGUAUGGUACCGCCUAAAGUUGGGGUCGUGGCCUGUCCAACCAGUGCCGGAGAGGAGCCUUCACGACCCACAACACAAUGCCCGGUGUUCAAUAGUAACGUGGUUGGUUAAUUGGUCGGGUCGGGUCGAGUAAUUGGUGCAUAUCAAAAUGGUCCAGACCACAUCACAUGUAUCUUACAGUAUAGGAGCACGCUCACGCAUGCAAUCAAUUUGGUUAUUAAUUUUUUUGGUUGGGGGUAUAUUGUAAUUUGUAAUUUUGCUUUUGAGUUAUAAAUGCAUGUUUUUUUUUAAUCAA